CAUGUGACGUGCUUUGUAACCGGAAAUGGAGAGGUAAACAUACAAGCCUCAGUGUAAGGGCUGUUACGUUGUUUUUUGGUUGUUCUUUUUUAAGCAGCGUUUGUGUUUUUGGUUUGAAUAAUUUAAACCAAGUAGGUCGAUUAAAGUAACAGCCCUCGCUUUUUCUUGUACACCAGUUAGCGUUUGUUAGACGACUACUCGUAGUCCAAAUAACAAAGUUAGCAUUAGCGCUAAUUUACUCGCAGCACCGAUGUCUCAAGAUGGGGAUCAGCCGCUGCCCUUGGUCCGCUCCCUAAACACCCGCAUUCCCACGAGUGUUGUCUUUUGCAACCGCAGUCCCCGAGUGGUGCGGCCACUGUGGAUAGAUUUCCGCGGAGAGCCACAGCCGUACAACGACUUACAGCCAAGGACUGGGCGAAAAGUCACAACCUUCGUGGGCCAUCCGUGGAUGUUUAAAGAUGCAGAAAGUGAUGAUCUGCUGAGGGUGAACGGCAAGGAGCUCUUCCUUCCUGCUCUGGCAGCUGGUGGAAGUGCUGCCUUUGUAAAUAUCACCUUACCAGUUUACAGCCUGAAGGACCGCGCCCUCCAGGUGAUCCGACGCCUGGUGGAACCGGACGACUACAGAAGUUUGGAGAUAGCGCGCAGUCUCAUCGAGGAGCUGGAGGAUCCGCCCAGUUUGACCAAGAGUCUACGUGGCUUGAAUCAACAAGUAGAGCGCCAUCUCCUAGACAGAGUCCAAGGACAGGGGGAGUGAGUCACAAAAGCCCCCGCCGACUCUCGGACUGGACGAUGAGAGGCCAAACAAGACUGAACUCUUCUUUUGUAUUCGUAGUAGUUUGACCAGGUGGUAUUUGUCAAAUGUCAUCCAAGUGUCUUCUGUGAAGCUGUCAGUUUUCUUUAUUGCACCGCCGGCCCCUUAAAUGGAACACUUGCUACACUACACUUGAAUAUUUGUAUUUGUAUUUGUAUUUGUACUUUAUUUAUCCCACAGCGGGGAAAUUCACUUGUUACAGCAGCAAGCAAGAUACGCAAGUAAAGAAUACAUAGUGACUACAACAUGGUUCAGGUGGUUCAGGUGUUGUAGAGCCUGACAGCGGUCGGAAUGAAGGACCUGCAGAACCUCUCCUUCUUACACCGUGGGUGUAACAGUCUGCUGCUGAAGGAGCUGCUCAGGGAAACAACAGGGUCAUGUAGCGGGUGAGAGGUGUUGUCCAUGAUGGAUGUCAGCUUAGCCAACAUCCUUCUCUCCCCCGCUUCCUCCACGGAGUCCAGAGGACCGUCCAGGACAGAGCUCGCUCUCCUGAUCAGCCUAUUGAUCCUGUCCCUGUCCGUGCUGCCCCCUCUCCAGCAGCCCACAGCAUAGAAGAAGGCUGAUGUAUAUGAUAUAUGUAUAUGAUGAAUAUGUAUACUGUGUACGCUGUCUGACUGUGCCGUGAUGUCUCAAAUCCAUCACGACUGUUGCAAACUUCUCUCUUUUUUGGGAAUUGGGAAUUGCAACCACUCUGGUUAGUCGCUCCCAUGCCGACGACGGAGGUGGCCACGAUGUCAAGCUUUGAGCAGGAGCUGUAUAAGAUCAUCUAUUGGUGUCAGCUUUUAUCCAAUAAACUCAGCAACAUAACAUUUCCAACAUACAGUAGCUGGACACGCGUGAGUGAUGUUUAUAAUAAAUACUGUAGCACAGCAGUAGUGAUGUU